AUGCAACAAACCACCUGGCCCACGGGUGCGUCCUUGCUCCGAGAGCUAGAGGCACAUCCGGAGACCCAGGAGUUCGCGAAAAAGGCCCUGAGGUGCUCCUCUCUGCAAGAUGCUGUGGCCAGCUACUGGCCAGGCUUGAUUCUGGGUGCGAACCUUCAGCUCCUGGAGGAGACCAUCAACCCCCACCAGCAUGCGUUCGCGCUCGAGAAGAUCCGUACUGCACACCUUCGAGCGGAACAGCUGAUCGUUCAGCUGCUGGCGGAGUUGGAGCACUGGGACUUCGAGGUAGCUAGAUGCCGAAACAGCAACGCUCAUGAUGAGUCAAGCAGAGAAGUGCUUUUAAGAGUGGCAGGGCCUUGA